AUGGCCUACGACCCCCGACUGUCCAGUGCAGGCACUGCGACCGCUCCCUCCCCUCCACCACCACCCCCACCACCCCCAGAAGCCAUUGGCGGAACAACAACACCAACAACCCAACCUCAACCCACCUCCACGCCGAACGAGGCCAACAACAACGCGGUCGCAGAAUCGGAGUCCUUAUCAUCAUCCUCAUAUAAACUCCGAUUCUGCACCGUAUGUGCCUCUAACCAGAACCGCUCCAUGGAAGCCCACCUCCGGCUCUCCACAGCGUCGAGCCCCUUCCCUGUAAUCUCCUUCGGGACGGGCUCUCUAGUCCGCCUGCCCGGGCCCUCAAUCACCCAACCCAACGUCUACAACUUCAACACAACCUCCUACUCUCAAAUGUACGACGAGCUGCUCUCCAAAGACGAGCGUCUGUACCGCAACAACGGUCUCCUGAACAUGCUCGAGCGCAACCGUAACCUGAAAUGGGGCCCGGAGCGCUUCCAGGACUGGGUGCCGGGACAGCCGCGCGUCGAGCACGUCUCGAAGGGCGAUAAGGGCGCCCUAGGUACCGAAGGCGGCGUUGUCGAUGUAAUCAUCACCUGUGAAGAGCGGUGCUGGGAUGCCGUGGUAGACGAUCUCAUGAAUAAGGGGUCCCCUUUGAACCGCCCCGUGCAUGUCUUUAACGUGGAUAUCAAAGAUAAUCACGAAGAGGCGUUAGUAGGAGGCAAGGCUAUCUUGGAUCUAGCGAAUCGGUUAAAUGAGGCUGCUUCGCAGGAGAGAAAGGCCAGUGGUGCCGAUGGAUGGGAGAAUGGAGUCGGCGAGGCGAGACGGAAUUUCGAUGCUCGCGUGCCUGAUAUUCUUGCUGAGUGGCAGGAGAAAUGGCCUCAUCUGCCGGCUUUGUGGACGCUCGCUUGGCUAUAG